AUGUUCCGGCAAAAUGCACUUGAUGUGCACGUGAACAAUGGGCGGGGCGACGUCGUCGCAUUGCACUACGACUGCCCACUAACCGGUACCAAGACGACAAGGACGUACAGUCAGCUCCUACAAGAAGUGUCCACGUUUGCUGGUGGACUGCAAAAGCUUGGCGUCGAGAAAGGUGGCCGUGUUGUCAUCUACAUGCCGGCAGUUCUCGAGGCAACAGUGGCAAUGCUCGCGUGCGCGCGUCUUGGAGCUGUUCACUCGCAUAAGGGGAUUGUCGACUACGGACCGCUGCUGAAUGGAGUGCUGAAGCGAUCGACGUGGAAACCGAGUCACGUUGUCAUGCUACAGCGCGAUCUGUGUCUGUUCGAGAUGGCAAAGGGACGUGAUAUCGACUGGAGAGACGCCAUGGCGACGGGACGUCCCAUCGACGCAAGACCGGUGCUUGCGACGGAUCCGCUCUACUUGCUGUACACGUCAGGCACAACCGGCCAUCCAAAGGGUGUGGUGCGUGAUAAUGGCGGCCACGCAGUUGCACUCAAAUGGGCCAUGCGCAAUGUUCUCGACAUCGCACCGGAUGAUACGUUCUUUGCCGCUUCGGAUAUGGGCUGGACGGUUGGUCACUCGCUCGGUGUCUAUGGCCCUCUUAUACAUGGAUGCACGUCGAUUCUGUACGCAGGCAAAACAGUUAGAACGCCUAACGCGAGUGCGUAUUGGCGUUUGAUCACGGAAUACGGCAUCAAGUCGAUGUUCACGGCACCUACUGCGUUGCGAGCGAUUCGUAGAGAAGAUCCAGAAGGGUUGCUGAUCAAGCACCUGAGAGAGGACAUCCGAAAGACGUUGAAGUAA